AUGCACUUCACGGACCUUCCACAAGAGAUCUUGGUUUGUAUAAUGCAGGAAACGGACACGUUAUGUAUACUGGCUUUGAGACAGACUUGUAAAACGUUCCGAGACUCGACAUAUGACAAGCAGCUUUGGCUCUUACGUCUACGCCACCUGAUGCAGACAGAGCACGUAUCUCUCCCGAAUUCCGCUCAGCAAGUCGAAGCUCUUACCUGCCGCCAAAUCGAGGCGAUCACUUGCCGAGUCUCUUCCUUGGCUCAUGCCUGGCAUACCCACUCCAUCUCCUUUCGAUCGAUAUAUCGCCUCGAUUCGCCACGGUCUGUAACAUGGCUCCGGACAAUAGCAUCUCGAUGGCUAGUCGUGGCUGCAAAAGACACGAUCAGCAGCACUCUCGAGCUCUUUGACUUAGCAACUCUCGACAGCGAGCAUCUAGACCCAAUCACUGGCUGCUUUUUACCUGGCCCAGUUAACAGUGGAGAAGCCGUCGUCGAGAACGGAGAGCUUCUGGUCGUCGUAGCAGUUGAAUCAAGGACGCCUGUAUUGACGGUUCUCAAGCUAUUCGAGUUGAAUGAAGAUUGUUUCUUCGGCGAAAUCAAAGUUAUCUCUGGAUAUAGCGAGAUAGUCCUGCUUCUCUCCGGUCUUCUUGUUUGCGCUAUGAAAGACAAUAUGGCAAUUCCUCACGUCGUUGACUGGAAAAGUGGUGAUUACUGGCCGUUGGCGACAGUCCCGGACCAUCGGGGAACGCGCAUCAAAGCAUGUUCCUGGAAAGGUCAUAUUGUGACGAUUAGCGCAAUGGAUGUCAAGAUCUUCACCAUUCCCUCACCCGAGCACCAACCACGACACAUUCAGACCUUGCAUUUAGAUCCCUUGAUGUGGGGAGAGGUCGAAGAGGUAACAUUCACCCAACCUGUCAGCAGCCUAGGGUCAGCUUCACCGCUCCAGCCAAAUGCCCCCAUUGGACCAUCGUGCUCUCAACAGCUCUCGUGGAUCAAGCCAAUACAUGCGACCGAUGAUAAUCCUGACAUUUUCGGUAUAUGGCAAUGCAACCUUCUGUGCCAUCAAGCUGCAGACACGCUCGGGGUCUGCAGUUUGACUGCACCUGUUCAAGUUGUUGAUUCUUACGACGCUACGUGUCUCACCGCUGGAGCUUCAGGCGGCCGUAUCUUAUAUACAUGCGAGGAUACCGACUUCUAUAGCCCCUUUCAAGAUUCUGUCUCGUUUCUUACGCUGGGGCAUGCACCCAGUGUCGAACGAGUGUCUUUCGCGGGCGAGCCGAGUUUGUUAUCCAUCGGAAACUGGGCUGGAGAACUGGCUGUCCUUGACCUCGUUGGUGCUCCACUUAGGUUUUUAUUUGAGGGCGAUCGCGCCCCAACCUCUGUAAUGGACGAUGGCAUCGAGCUCUUGCCCACGUGUCAUAUAGACCUUGACGUCGAACCGUCCCCAUGGACCCACCACGUUGAAACCGAACCUAAAGACUACGAGGUCUCUCUGUUUGAGAGGCGUCUCAUCGAUAUCCCAGAUGUAAACACUCAAAGCGUGGUACCGGGAAGACUUCUUCACUGGAGUCAUCGGUGCGAGGACGUACCAUUCCGAGACGAUUUUUCGUUCGAGCUAUCGCACUCGUACGAAUUUCUAGGUCGGGCUCAGCUAAUUCUGUGGAAAGAUGAAGGCGCGCGCCUUCUAAUCACCAAGGGAGGUCUCUACUUCGUUCACGAGUUCGCUAAAGAUACCUACUUCGCUUUCCGGGGUGGAACAACACUGGAGGUUAUUAUAGACCGUAUCCGGAAUUCUACCAGUGCUAGCUGGGAUUUCUCUGGACUUGAGCUGCUACAUGUGCCUUAUCGCUCUCUUUCUACGGUGACAAAAGAGCAGAAGAUGGUCGAUACUACAAUAGUAGAACGUCACGACAUGAUGAAGAACCGCUUUCAUGAUAUGCGGUCAAGAGGAGGUUCUCCGCCCUUGUGGCUUACCAAUGGAUCAUGGUUAGCAAGGGGAAACGAACAGGAACUACGAACAGCUCGACUCGGUUAUAGAUGGGAACGUGUGGUUACCGCAUUGCCACCUCCCCCAUCUACGAGUCUUUCAACCAACUUCAUGUAA